UUGAAAACCAAUAUUGCGGACACUGUCUGUGUUGUCUCUAGGUACUGGAAGAGAGGUGGAAGGGAGUGGCAUGGCAGUCCCAACGAUGAGGACUGUGUUAAAGUGUCCUAAAGGAUGGAGGAUGUUGGGAUCCAGCUGUUACUUUCUGUCUACUGAGAGGAAAACCUGGGAGGAGAGCAAACUGGAUUGUCUGGCGAGAGGAGCAGAUCUGGUGAUCAUAAACAGCAGACAAGAACAGAAGUUGUUGUACCAGCUGGAUGGUGAUGCAGAUCUCCUGGUCUGGAUUGGUCUGACUGAUUCCGUUAAUGAGGGGGCCUGGAAAUGGGUGGAUGGCACACCACUGACCACAUCGUACUGGAAGAGUGGUCAGCCGGACCAUGGUGGUACCAACAACGAGGAGGAUUGUGUCGAGGUCUACCAUCGGGACAGCGUUUUGGCCAACUGGAACGAUGCGCCAUGCGACCGCAUGCUGCACUGGAUCUGUGAGAAAUUACAGAAAUAGCUACAUACAGUAUAGGUCAAAUCCACAUGCUGCACUGGAUCUGUGAGAAAUGACAGAAAUAGCUACAUAUAGGUCAAAUCCACAUUUUGUUUAAAUGUGUUUAUUUUAUUGUUGCACAUUAACAUUUUCCCUAAGAUUGUGUAAUUAACUGAGCACAUGCAUUUGCAUGGUACAUGGUAUUAUCUUUCUGUCUUUCAUCUGUAAUUCAUUUUUGGCAAUAUAUUAUUGGCAGCCUUUUGGAUCAGUCACAAUACUGUAUUGGUUUCAGCGUUGCCCUCUUCCCUCUAAACAGUUUAUUCAUUAAGUAUUACUUCUAUGAAAUGGUAUUGUAAGAUCUAUUCCGCUGUAAGAUAUAUUUUCAUCUGUUUCAAUCUGGUGUACAAAACCCAAAGUAAAAGACCAUAAAACAG